AUGGCCGAGGGCUGCCAAACAAACCCAGAAUGCUAUGUGGGAUCCACGUCCAACAUGGCGGAUGCUUGGCGGGAGGAUUUGAAGCUAAGAGAAGAUAUGGAAAGAUAUGUAAGACAGGAAUAUAAAAGGGAAGAAGCCCUAGAUUUCUUAAAGUGGGAUUUUCCGAUGUAUGCCUGGAGCAUUCGUUCGUUAGACAGACGUUUACGAUGUUUCGAAAUCUAUUACAAUAAUCCAGAGGUUUCCGUGGAAGAAGUCAAAGAUGCAGUAAAGAAGGAGUUGGAAGGUCCUGGAAAACCUCUUGGGUAUCGUGCCAUGCACAAGAAAGUAAGGCAAGAAUACAAUCUUCACGUCACUCGUGAUGCUGUGUAUAAUGUUUUGUACGAUCUUGAUCCAGAAGGCCUGGAAGCUCCCGGUGGUAUCGGAGCAAAGAAAAAGAGGAAAAAAGGUAACUUUUCUUCAAAAGGUCCUAAUUUCGUUCAUACCAAAACAGCACAUUUCCAUUGGCUGUUUACGGCUGCAUUGAUACAGCAAGCAGAAAAAUAA